GCGUUGUCACUGAGACUACAUCCAUGUUUUAUGCAGUCUGUGGGGAAAGCAUUUAGUGACAGGCAGACACCUCAAGCAGAGCUAGAGUCUUUGGUGAAAAGCCAUCUGCUAUGACUGACAGGAUAUUUGUCAUGGGGUCAUCAAAAUUUCUGCUCAAGUGUCCUGUGCAAUUCAAGGGGCUGCAGUGCUAUGGCUGCAACAUCAUCCAGGGCCAGAGGUACGUGGACGUGGGCUGCUCUAACCCAGAGGUCAUCACCUGCACCCACUCGCACAAAGGCUUUAAACACCGCUUCUGCAUCAAGACAGAGAGCACGGCCCUGGGUAUCGUCCUGACCAGCGGUUGUGCCACAUCCAGACACUGCCAGCAACAGGAACUGCCAGGGGUGCGUAUCCACUGCUGUGACUCAGACCUAUGUAACAGCGCCCCCUCCUGGCAUCCGCGCACACUGCACUACAUAUGUGCACUGUUCAGCCUGCUGGUGCUGAGGAUGUGGUUGUGAUAAGAAGGCAAGAUGACACUAAUGGACAAUGGGAGAAAAAAAACAUUUUAUAUUAGUAACUCUCAUCUCUCUGUGUAGAUGCUCGUGUUUAGGGCUAAAUGAGAGUUUCACAGUAUGGUGUUACUGGUGAGCACCUGAAAAUCACAGCCUUGUCUUUAAAAUAGCCAUGUUUGAUCGAAACAGAAGAGAAGCAGCACAAAUCAUCAGUGAUUAUAUGGUGCACACACUUACCGGCAUAUGGAGUAUAAAUGGUAUCAUAGGACAUCUGUGAAGGAAAGAUGAUAAUGUCAAUAAAAAAAAGCAGUUCCACACUGAGUUUAUAGAGGCUUACACUCACUUACACUCCAAGACAUGCACCCAUUUUCUCUGUUAAGAUGUUUAAUAUUUUCUUGAGAUCACAUCUUCAUGUGCAGUAUGUUGUUUCUAAGUCAUAGGCUAUUUACUUUGUAAAUUUAAAGAUAUUUUUUUAGUUUGCCAUAAUAAGCUCCUAGACUAAACUUGGGAGAGCACAUUGCAUGUGGUUCUGUGUAGGAUUGUACAGUGAAAGCAUGUAAUGUUGUGAAUUACUGUAUUAAAAUGUUUCAUAUUUUCAAAAU